AGCCAGGGACGAGGGUGUAGAAGCUGAAAUUAACGAGGAGCUUUCGAAUGUAACGUUCACGUCGUCUGUUUGCGUGUCUCAGUCGGUACGUUAAAUGACAGGUCGGAGAAGUAGACUUAGCUAGUCAUUGCUGUGGCUAACUGAAAAGCUUUGACAGCCUGAUAUUUGAGCUAGCAGCUUUACUGUUUUUAAUUGCACGAAACAAAUCAUACAUCAAACUUCACACACUUCAUACUUCAAAAUGGUUGUAGAAGACGUCCAGUUCCUGAAUCUCUUUAAGGGAAAACGCAUCAAACUAACCCUCAAGACUUCAUCUUAUCUCGGCGUCGUCCAACGUAUCAAUCCGAACAAAACGUUGGUUUUGGCAGACGUCGUUAGUGGUAAUAAUGGCUGUAAAUAUCCUGGCUCAAAACUCUUCUUUGGGCACGAGAUUCUGAAUGUGGAAUUCACCGAUGAAACAGACCCUGACCGUGGUAAUAUUCAUGAAUACAAGCUUGAAGACCACUUGAAUGUGGACAAGUUUCAGCCAUACAGGAAGACAAUCACAUUAGGUGAUGAUGACGCUGAUGAGGAGUAUGUCAACUUUGUAGUCAUUGAUGAGUUUCAUGAGAAGUUUGGACCUGCUGUGAUGCACAUCAAGAAGCAGCAUGUGAUUGGUCUGGGGGCCGAGGGAAUCGGGGUAUUUAAACAUGGGAGACUGUGUUGGCUGCCGAUAGCCACUAAAAACAAGGUAUACAUAUUUGAUAUCCUGUUACUCGGAGCCCGGGCCUUUAAGAAUGGGCUCUCCAUGAUCCUGGAGAAUAAGCAAAUACUGAAGGUCAUUCAUGACUGCAGAGCCAUUGCUGGAUGCCUGAUUGCUCAGUUUGGAGUAAAGCUAACCAACGUUUUUGACACACAGGUGGCAGAUGUCAUGUGCUUCUACUCUGAGACGGGAGGUUUCCUUCCCAACAGGGUCAGUACUCUGCAGGAGGUGGUGAGUCUCCAUUUGAAGGUGCCCUCCUCUCAGCUCGUAUCCCUUCAGAUGAAGUCACAGCUCACCGAGGAAGAGAGGGAGAUGUGGCAGAAGCGACCCUGUCCCGUACCCUUGCUUAAAGUGAUGGCUCUGUCAGUGAUCCACCUUUUGCCCCUCAGGCUGGUGCUGAUGGAUACUCUCAUGUUAGACUACAUGGCCCUGGUGGAUUCAUACCUGAGCAGCAGCCACUAUGAACCUGAUGAAUUAGAGCAUGUCAGUAUGGAAUGUACGCUGCAGUUGCCAAGAGAGCUCAGGAAGCUGGAGAAAAUGCGUUGUGAGCGGCAGGAGUGGGCUGCCGAUCACUACCCUGUCACAGAGCAAGGUCUGUUGGCUCGCUUCAACCCCACAACUCAUUCCCCACCCCAGACCUCACCUGAGGCUCAGGAGCUUUGCCAGACACAGGCAGAUUCCACUGAAACCACAACUGUGGAAUCACCUCCCUCAAUACAAGUGGACCUUCCCCUUCACAACCCAAUCACAAGCCCUCCGACAGUCACCAAUGUUUCAUCUGUGGAUGUCCAUGCCUCCCCUGACACAGCACCCCAAGCUCCAGUCCCAUCUGAUAUGCCAGGCCUCAUGGAAAAAAUGUGUGUUUUCAGUUCCCUUGGAACUCUAGGUGUAGGCAGAGGCCGCACAGAGGCACCGAUGGACACAAUGGGUAGAGGAAAGCCUUUUGGGAAAGAGCAGUCGUCCGUCCCGGCCUUACCCACCAUAGGAAGAGGUUUCCUUUUCCGUAUAUCACAAGUUCACAUCUCUGGAGAGAGCACUGGGGACUUGGGAACUUCUGGUAGAAUGGGGACGGCUCCUUCAUACCCCAAUCAUACACUGACCCAAGAUGUGAUGCCCCUCCCUGGCCCCAGUGCUAGUGGCCUGCCAAAGGACACUUCUUGAGAGGAGACAAUUUUACAUUGGCACCCCAGACCCUGUCAUCUUUCUUUACCCAGUCAGUCAGUUCAUUCAUACAUUAAAAGUGUUACAGAGUGUUUAAAAGCCAUGUAAGGCCAUGUCUCAAAAAUGUUUUCUGUUCUGUAGUUUGUGAUUUCCUAGUGUGACCAGUAGAUGGCAGUAAAUAUUCUAUUUAUUUUUUUUCCAAAGAUUUGUUUGAUACCAGGUCUUUUAUGUUUGGAAAACAGAAAAGAGGUUAUGUUGGUUGGAAGUUGCAUUAAAAAUAUUUCAAUUGUUUGUGACAAAAUGUUUGUCCAGGCC